AUGGUUGCCGUCAUCCGGCCGCAGCCUGCUAUAGUAGGCAAAAGCGAAGAUGUAGUAGCAGAUAGCCGAGACUUCUUCCGUCAAUUGUCACCCCAAGACGAAUGUUGGGAUAUGCGCCAGACAUCUGUGACGAACGCCGACGUUGGCACUGUUGUGCCCUUUAACUCGGGUUUCGUACACACGGUGCUCCGCGCCUGGCAACAGCAUCUGCACCUUGAACUGCGACCCGACGACGUGUGGCUGGCCGUGCUGGUCCAGUUCAGCUUCUUCGUCAACGGUCCCGGCCGCGCCGAGGCGUUACGCCACCACUUCGUUGCCCACGAGGGCCAACGCCGCCUCAUGGUCGAUUGCCGGGCCUCUCAGACGAUCGAGCAAGUCGACAUGGCCUUCUUGACUGAUAGCCUUGUCGAACUGGCCCGCCAGCAGCUCGUGGACCCGGAGUUGGCCGACUGGCUGCUCCCAACCUUCAGCACAACACUCCCGCAAGACCGCUCGACCGCAGCCGCCGUUUUCUUGGGGACCGUAAAGCAUUACUUCGAGUACGGCGCGAUGAUCGGCUGCGGCUUCCCUUCCAUCAGCCUCCAGGGCGAGCGCAGCGACUGGGCUGAUUUGGCGACGCGCGUCGCCCGGCUCGCUGACUUUGACGACAUCGCGGCGGCUGGCGCGGCUGGUGGCGGCCAGGACGGGUCUGUCUCUCCCAUGAUGCAAUGGUCGCGCGCCCUUGGCGUGGCCGUCGACUUCAUGGUCGAGAGCUUCGACAGGCCUGAGGACGACGACGUCUGUGACUUCUGGAUGCGUGCCUGCCACUCGGCCGGCCCCAGCAUGUCAGGCGGGGUUGUCACCUUGUCCGGCUGGCUGACGGCCUUCUGCUGGUGGCGGGCCGAUGGCACCAGGCAGAAGGCGUACGAGGAUACUGAGCUUGCGAGGCUAUGGCACGAAGACUGGCGGAGACUGCAACUACGCGGGGUUGGUUUUCCGGUCAUCAGUCAGGACGACGUACCCGCCGGCGUCAGCAGAGUUACUAUCACAUUCUAUCGUGACGGCGACUACGAGGGCGGGGAGCGAAAGGGGAUAGAGACAGUCCUUCUGGCGGGGUCGACUGGCAUGAAGAUCAUAGAUGCCGAAGGCACCAGAGUUCGUCCGUUCUCAAGCUGGUGGUUGCUAAGCCAGCAGCUCAGGCGCAAGACCGUGGCCGGUACCGUGGCCGGUACCGUGGCCGGUACCGUGGCCGGACUAUCAAAGAAAACACCAAGCCCUGGGCUGCUACCUAAACGAAAAGGACCUGGGCAAGGACUUGUACCUAGACCCAAAAGCACCCGCUUUCAAAACAUACGACGGUUCUCAACGAACCCUGAUGGCCUUGGUGAUAGAGUCUGA